GAAAAACACCCCAACUCACCAAUGACAGCAAAGCAGAUAUUGGAAGUCAUUCAGAAAGAAGGGUUAAAAGAAACAAGUGGAACUUCUCCAUUAGCCUGUCUGAAUGCAAUGCUUCACACUAACACUCGAAUAGGGGAUGGAACAUUCUUCAAAAUCCCUGGAAAGUCAGGCCUCUAUGCUCUCAAAAAAGAGGAGUCGUCAUGCCCAGCUGAUGGGAUGCUGGAUUUAGGCUGUGAGUCUGAAUUGGAUGGCACAGAAAUGGCGGAGGCCAAUGCCAGUGAAGGAAAUGGAGUUUGUGCAAAGCAGGUAACUGAUGAAGCAUCUUCCACUCGAGAUUCAAGCCUUACUAACACAGCAGUGCAAAGCAAGUUAGUGUCUUCCUUUCAGCAACACACCAAAAAGGCUCUUAAACAGGCUUUGAGGCAGCAGCAGAAAAGAAGAAAUGGAGUCUCAAUGAUGGUAAACAAGACUGUUCCUCGCGUUGUUUUGACACCAUUAAAAGUGUCUGAUGAGCAGUCGGAUUCGCCUUCAGGAUCCGAAUCUAAAAAUGGUGAAGCAGACAGUUCAGAUAAAGAAAUGAAACAUGGGCAAAAAUCUCCCACUGGAAAACAAACAAGUCAGCACUUAAAACGAUUAAAAAAGUCUGGUUUAGGACACUUGAAAUGGACCAAAGCUGAGGACAUUGACAUAGAAACCCCAGGAUCUAUUCUUGUCAAUACUAACUUGAGGGCAUUAAUAAAUAAACAUACGUUUGCUUCCUUACCUCAGCAUUUUCAACAAUACCUCCUGCUUUUGCUCCCAGAAGUGGAUAGGCAGAUGGGAAGUGAUGGAAUUUUACGCCUCAGUACUUCAGCUCUAAAUAAUGAAUUCUUUGCAUAUGCAGCACAAGGAUGGAAGCAGCGACUGGCAGAAGGAGAGUUUACUCCAGAAAUGCAGUUGCGGAUAAGACAAGAAAUUGAGAAGGAAAAGAAAACAGAACCUUGGAAAGAAAAAUUCUUUGAAAGGUUUUAUGGAGAAAAGUUGGGCAUGUCAAGAGAGGAAUCCACGAAGCUCACUUCUGGACCAAACAAUGAUGGAGCUGAAAGUAGUUCUUCAUGUGGGACCUCUAGUCUUCCAGAUCUUUCCUCACAGACUCCCUUGGAAGGACAACAGCCAAAAAGCAUGAAAAGUCCGUCUUCUCCAGAGCCUGAUUUCUGUGCUACACUCUGUCCUAUGGUAGACGUAGGUAAAGAUGUAAUGGCAGAAUUGGAAUCAGAUGAUAUCUUGAUCCCUGAAGAAUCUGUGAUUCAGGAGGAAAUUGCAGAAGAGGUAGAGACUAGUAUCUGUGAAUGCCAAGAUGAAAAUCAUAAGACAAUACCUGAAUUUUCUGAGGAGUCUGAAAGUCUGACCACCUCUCAUGAAGAGCCCCAAAUAGCACUUCCUGAAGAUAACGUGGAAUCCUGUGUUAUGAUGAAUGAUGUUUUAGAAACUUUGCAUCAUAUUGAAGUCAAGGUGGAAGAGAAAUCAGAAUCUUCCCAGGAAGAAAUGUCGGUUGUUAUUGAUCAACUAGCAGUCUGUGACUCUCUCGUUCCUUCCACUUCAUCUGUGACUCAUGUCAGUGACACAGAACAUAAGGAGCCAGAAACUGCAAUAGAGACCAAUACUCCAAAAAUAAAAUCAGGAUCAUCUUUAGAAGGCCAAUUUCCAAGUGAAGGAAUUGCUGUAGAUAUGGAGCUACAGAGUGAGCCUGAUGAACAACUUUCUGAAAAUGUCUGCAUCUCUGACACUUCCUUCUCUUCUGAGAGCCCAGAGGAAGUGUGUACCAGCCUGACAUCCCCAGGAGGGGAAACACAAUCCACUUCAGAAGAAUCGUGUACUCCAGCCUCGCUUGAGACAACGUUUUGUUCUGAGGUGUCCAGCACUGAAAAUGCAGACAAAUAUAAUCAGAGAAAUCCCACUGAAGAAACCCUUCAUGCAUCUUUGAUGUCAGAAAUAUCUCCAGUAUCCACUUCACCUGAACUGUCAGAAGCAUCUCUAAUGUCCAAUUUACCUUUAACCUCUGAAGCAUCUCCAGUAUCAAAUUUGCCUUUAACAUCAGAAGCAUCACCCAUGUCUGAUUUACCUUUGACAUCAGAAACUUCUUCAGUGUCUUCCAUGCUUCUCACGUCUGAGACCACUUUUAUGUCCAGUAGGCCACUUCCUUCAGAAACAUCUCCAAUUUCUAAUUCUUCAAUGAAUGAAAAAAUGGGGCAUCAACAAAGAAAGUCACCUUCCAUAUCCGAAGAACCACUCUCCCCACAGAAAGAUGAAGGCUCUGUUCCUGCCAAGCUUCUGGCAGAAAGCCUUCUCUCUCAGCAGAAGACUCUAUCAAAUACUCCCGAACCCAAGAAAAUGGGUUCUUCUUCCAUGGCUCCCGAAGCAUUUUCACCUGAAGAAUUACACAAUAAAACCCUGAAUCAGCAGCCUUGUAAAUUACAUGUUGAAACUGAGAAGCCCUAUUCUGCUUCAAUUCCAGAACUUUCUUCUACAGAAAUCAUAAAAGUAAAAAAUCACAAUGUCCUGCAAAGAACAGAAAAGAAAGGGGUGUCUUCACCACUGGAAUUAUCUGUCUUUUCUGAAGAGACAGAGAGUAAAGGAAAUGAGCUUCCAUCAGCUAAAUUACAGGACAAACAAUAUGUGUCACCAGUGGAGAAGGCUUCAUUUCCAGAAGGCUCUAGAAAUAAAACACAUAAGCAAGGGAGUGCACAGAACCGCUUGGAGACCUUGCAUACUUCCAAGUUGCCAGAGCCCUCCAAGUCACCCGACGGGUUAAGAAAUGAAAGUAGAGAAUCCGAGAUAGCAAAGAGGAAGACGGCAGAGCAGCACAGCUUUGGAAUCUGCAAGGAAAAGAGGGCGAGGAUAGAAGAUGAUCAGUCGACCCGAAACGUGUUAUCUAGUAGCCCACCCGAGAAAGAGCAGCCUCCAAGAGAGGAACCCAGAGUUCCACCUCUCAAGAUCCAGCUUUCCAAAAUUGGGCCACCUUUUAUUAUCAAGAGCCAACCAGUCUCCAAACCAGAGUCUCGAGCAUCCCCUAGCACAGCUAUCAGUGGUGGAAGGAACACAGGAGCCAGAACCCUUGCAGAUAUCAAGGCCCGAGCCCAGCAAGCAAGGGCCCAGCGAGAGGCAGCAGCAGCAGCUGCUGUAGCAGCAGCAGCAAGCAUUGUCUCUGGAGCCAUGGGGAGCCCAGGAGAGGGUGGAAAGGCGAGAACCUUGGCACAUAUCAAAGAACAGACAAAGGCAAAGCUCUUUGCAAAGCAUCAAGCCCGAGCCCACCUCUUCCAAAACACUAAAGAGUCCCGGUUGCCUCCGCUUGGCUCAAAGGAAGGCCCUCCAAGCUUAGAAGUUCUUUCUACCCCUGAAACAAAAAUCGAAGGUUCAACUGGUGUCAUUAUUGUCAAUCCAAACUGCAGAUCUCCUAGCAACAAGUCUGCGCUCCUCCGGGAGGCCACCACUGUAUUACAGCAGUCUCUUAACCCGACUAAACUUCCAGAAACUGCCACGGACUUAUCUGUGCAGAGUUCUGACGAAAAUAUACCUGUGUCACAUUUACCUGAGAAAAUUGUUUCAUCUACCUCUUCUGAAAAUAGCAGUGUGCCCAUGCUUUUUAAUAAAAAUUCUGUCCCUGUGUCUGUUUGCAGCACUGCUAUGUCGGGAGCAAUUAAAGAACAUCCCUUUGUGAGCUCUGUUGAUAAAUCCUCUGUUCUCAUGUCUGUCGAUAGUACAAACACUACAAUUUCUGCUUGUAAUAUAAGCAUGUUAAAAACCAUCCAGGGAACUGACACUCCCUACAUAGCCAUUAUACCAAAAUGUAUUGAAAACACUCCCCUUCCUGCCACCACCGAGGGCGCCAGCAUAUCAAGCUCCGUGGAUGACAAGCAGUUGCUCACAUCAGGCAGCAGUGCUGGUAACUUAGUCUCCAGUCAGUACACCUCCGUGCCAACUCCCUCCUCUGGAAAUAACUUGCCAAACCAUCUCUCCACUAGCUCUGUCUUGAUUCCCCCAACGGGAAUUAACAGCAGAUUUUCUCCUGAGAAGAUAGCCAUGCCUGGGAGUGAAGAACAGGCCUCCAUGUCCAUGGGCACCACUGUGAGAGCAGCCCUCAGCUGCAGGGAUUCCGUAGCUGUCACAGACACUCUGGUCGCACGCCCACCCGUCGCAAUGUUUACCGGAAGCAUGCUAACAAUAAACUCUUACGAUAGUCCUCCCAAGUUAAGCGCUGAAAGCUUGGACAAAAAUUCAGGGCCUCGAAAUAGGGCAGACAAUUCUGGGAAACCUCAGCAACCUCCAGGGGGCUUUGCACCAGCAGCCAUAAACAGAUCGAUUCCAUGUAAAGUCAUCGUCGAUCACAGCGCCACACUGACCUCCACUUUGUCUGUGACUGUCUCCAUUGAAAGCACGGAAGCCAGCUUGGACAUCCAGAGCAGGUCGGUGAGGACAGAAGCCGCCAUACAACCCAUGGCAUGUCCUCAGGUAUCUGUUAUUAGCAGGCCUGAGUUGGUUGCAAACGAAAGCAUAGAUCACAGUUCUAGUUUCAUUGCAGCUUCUGUAGCAAAAAAAGACUGCAAAACGAUGCAGGCUUCCUGCACAAGUCUCCGAGAAGCACCCCUCGUUGUUUCGGAUAAAUUAAAUGAGGUGACUGCUCCUAGUAAUAGCUUUGCUGAGCAGACACGUGGCCCGACCGCUUUCAAAAGUGAAGCAGACACAGCCUGUAGCAAUCAGUAUCAUCCAGGCAACCGGAUUUGCUGGAAUGAUGAUGGCAUGAGGAGCACAGGACAGCCUCUAGUCAGUCAUUCGGGUUCAAGUAAACAGAAAGAAUAUCUAGAGCAGAGCUGUCCAAAGGCUAUCAAAACUGAGCAUGCCAGCUACUCGCACGUGUCAGAACUUCACCCCAGGAAUCUCAUAACAAAUGUCACUCUCCCCGUGAAGUCUGAACCUCAUGAAGUGGACAAGGGCUUUAGGAUGGAUACUGAGGACUUCCCCGGCCCUGAGCUGCCUCCCCCGGUUGCAGAGGCAGCCCCCAGUGUGCAACAGACACAGAACGUGAAGGCUCCUGCCUCUGGCCCUGUGGAAGAGGCUAUUUCCUUGGCUACAGACACCCUGAAAAGAGUUCCCAGUGCAGGGAGCUCAAGCUGUCGUCUGUCAUCUGUGGAGGCGAACAAUCCACUGGUGACACAGUUACUACAGGGCAACCUGCCUUUGGAAAAAGUGUUGCCACAGCCCAGAUUGGGAGCGAAGCUUGAAAUUAACAGGCUUCCUCUGCCUCUUCAAACUACCUCAGUGGGUAAAACAGCACCAGAGAGGAACAUUGUCGAAAUGCCGUCCAGCUCUCCAAAUUCAGACACGAAGGGCUACUUGGCAGGGCCUCUUGCACCACUCCAGAUAAGAAAGCGAGAAAACCACCCCAAAAAGAGAGUGGCCAGGACUGUGGGGGAACACGCUCAAGUUAAAUGCGAACCAGGGAAAUUGUUAGCGGAGCCAGAUGUUAAAGGGGUGCCUUGUGUCAUCAACUCUGGCCUGAAUCAGCUAGGACACGGCCAACCAUUUAAGCAAGAGUGGCUGAGCAAGCACACCAUGCAGAACAGAAUUGUUCACAGCCCUGAGGUCAAACAACAAAAGCGGCUGCUCCCCUCGUGUAGCUUCCAGCAGAACCUGUUUCAUGUUGACAAGAAUGGCGGCUUCCACCCUGACCCUGGUACCUCACACAGACAGCAGUUUUACCAAAUGCCUAUGGCUGCCAGGGGCCCCAUUCCAACGGCGGCUCUGUUACAGGCCUCUGCCAAGGCCCCCGUGGGCUGUAAUGCAUUUGCCUUCAAUAGGCAUCUUGAACAAAAGGGACUGGUGGAGGUGGGCCUUUCUUCAGCACCUCACCAGCUAAGGUUAGCCAACAUGUUAUCCCCCAAUAUGCCCAUUAAAGAAGGUGAUGACGUGGGAGGGGCUGCACAUGCAAUGCCAAACAAAGCACUCGUGCAUCCCCCGCCCCCACCACCUCCUCCCCCUCCACCCUUGGCUUUGCCCCCGCCUCCCCCACCACCACCUCCACUACCUCCACCUCUCCCUAAUGUAGAAGUCCCAGCCGAUCAAAAACAACCUCCAGUUACCAUGGAAACCACUAAGAGACUUAGUUGGCCACAGUCCACGGGCAUAUGUAGCAAUAUAAAAUCGGAACCUCUUUCUUUUGAGGAAGGUUUAGGCAGCAGCUGUGAACUGGGCAUGAAACAAGUUUCCUACGACCAGAAUGAGAUGAAAGAACAGUUAAAAGCCUUUGCGCUAAAAAAUGCAGAUUUCUCUUCCUAUUUGCUUUCUGAGCCACAAAAGCCUUUCACCCAAUUAGCUGCUCAGAAAAUGCAGGUGCAGCAACAGCAGCAGCUCUGUGGAAACUACCCAACAAUACACUUUGGGAGCGCGAGCUUCAAAAGGGCAGCCUCUGCGAUCGAAAAGUCCAUUGGGAUUUUGGGAAGUGGCUCUAACCCUGCCACGGGUCUACCCGGUCAGAACGCUCAGACGCCCGUUCAGAACUUUGCCGACAGUAGCAACGCGGAUGAACUGGAACUGAAAUGCUCUUGCCGGCUGAAAGCCAUGAUCGUGUGCAAAGGCUGUGGAGCCUUCUGCCAUGACGACUGCAUAGGUCCUUCAAAACUCUGUGUAGCUUGCCUGGUUGUGCGAUAAGAGCUAAAUGAAAGAUGCAGUAUCCCUUUUCAACAUGGAAAAGCCAAACGGCGUCAGCAGCAACAGGAUGAAUAACUCAGUGGUUUAUAUCGUGUUAAUUUAUUUUACUUUGGAACAGAUUUCUCUAUGGGAUUAUUUUCUUGCAUUUCUCGGAAAGGGGUGAUCCCAUACCAGCCGAGUGGCUCGGCAGCAUGUCUUUUAUAUAUUUAGUUGCCAUUCCCAGCUCUGGAAAAUUUCUGUUCAUAUGUAUACGUGUCACUGCCCCAUCGGGUUUUUAAAAUUUCAGGUGUAGCUAGGAAAAGGACAUUUUAAAUUAAUGCUAAGCAGAAAUACAGACAUAGAAAGAGAGUGGUGAAAGUGAUUUAAGGUGGGUAUGCAUUCUUCUCUAGAUUAACCAUUACAGCCAGGGUUUUCACGGUUCACUCUUCUGGAGCUACCUUUCCCAUGGCGAUUAAAUCAUAUUUGGAAAGGGGAAUCUGAUUUAAAUGUAUGAUUCCUUGUAUUUACUCAUAUCAGAAAAGAUACAUUAAAGGAGGUAUGCCAUUAAUGAACUCCACUGUCCUUAUUCUCUUUCCUCCCUUUUUACUCUUUUCAGAGACUGGCAGAAAAUCUGCAUCUGCCUUGGACGUUGUACACAUGUUGUAGUGAAAUGUGUCUUAGGCCUGAAAUUGCAAUGUGGGCCUCAUGCCCAGUAAUCUGGUUCGAGUCCUUUGACACCUGAGACUGUAAGAUCAGUUGGCCAACAGAGAGCCACAGGCCCAGAGGAUUUCAGAGCUUCACGUGUGGCUUUUAAGAGCAAGUAUUAAAAAAAAUUCUUUAACGUUAAAACAAGUAUAAUGCUGUAUAUGCAAACAUAAAUGAGUUGAUUAUGUAAAUAUUGGUCUUAUAUUCACUAAUACAAUUACUAGAUAUUAAAAUUUGGGGGGAAAUCAUUGUACCCCUUUAUCGGUGACACCAGUGCAUUCUGACUUUCAGUUUUACAGAGAUUGGCCACCUUUUUUUUAAAAAAAAAAAGUGCCAUUGAUGAUAAAAGGGACUACAGAGGGCUGAAUUUCUGACAUUUUUCUGGACAAUUUUUUUUUCUCAUGAUUCACAAUCCAUAUAAUUAUAUUUUACUCUGAUAUAGCCCUUCUUUUAAAAAAUUGUUCUAGGUAUUGCAUGUUUUGUUUUCUUUCCCCUCAGGUGAAUUUAGUACAUUCUUCUUAUUUGGGAGAGUGGAACUGCUUUUGAAAAAGGGAUACUGCAUCUUACAAAUAUCGUCAGUGUUUAUCUAGUAAAGUCUGAGUGUUGAGUAUUUGAGCUACAUUCCAUAUACUUUGGCCACCCUCAUGCCAGAGAACAGCUUUAGUUCAGGAGGCUCUGUUCCCUAAAGCAAGUUCAAAAGCACAUGCACAUUGUGGGAAGAUGAAAGACAACACAAGUCAAGCCCAUUUAACUUCAGAUUACAGAGCACAAAAUGCAGAGUGCCAUUAACCCAUCGAUUGAUUGAGGCUGUAGAAAAUAAAAGAAUGAAAAACAUGGCAGGAAGGCGGCGGAUAUGAUCUGUCCAGGGUAAGAAUUUAUACGUGGAUCAUCCUAAUCAAUAUAAACUUUUGACAUUCCCUUAAAAUACGUCUUAAAAAUUAACUGGAAUGAACAGAAUUUACAUUCCUGGGGAAAAAAAAAAAACACUUGUGAUUUUUAAAAAAAAAUAGUAAUUGACCAUGGUAUAUGUUUUUUCCCUCCAUAUUUAUUAUCGUGAUGUUGCCAAAUGGUAAGUGACAGAGACAUCAUUUUUAUUAACAAAUUGCUGAUAGAGAAAGAUAGUUUAUGAUAAAAGCAAAGAAGGGCCUGCCUUCGUGGCUGCAAUUUGGUGCUUCAGUAUUGUCACUUCUGUUUUUUUCACAUUAAAAUUAACAAAUGACUGAGAAAAUUAGCAGUGCACUUAGCCAGCCCUUCCCAAGGACUGCAGCAUAAGUUCCCGUGGAUCCUUAGUUCACUAUGUACCAGGUUGUAUUAGGUCAUCCUCAUCAGUGUUUUCUCAAUGAUCUGCUUGGCUCUGAUGUCAUCUUGGUUCAGAAGAUCAUGCUCUAGUCUCACAGAGGGGCACCCCUAAGAUAUAGACACUUGCAUGCCAACUCCUUCUCAAUUCAGUUGCUGCACCACCAGUGUCAGAUACUGUCUACACCAGCAGAUUCAGAACUACCACAUCAGUAACUGACAUGUUGUUGAAAGAAACUCCAGUCUAUGAAACCUUUGCUCUGUAUAUGAGCUACAAUUGAAGCCCAUUAUCAGUUCCAUCAUUGUGGAAUUAAUGCCUGCAAGUUGCUUACUGGGAAUAAAGAAAAGUGUCCUUCUGAAUGUUUUGAUUUUUCACAUAAUAGGUUGAGAGAAUCAAUUGUUGAUUGUUCAUGGAUUCUAUCACCCAGGUCCAAAGAGCAGAAUUUUUCUAUGCCUGUGCUCUUUUUUGCCCAGUUUAAAAGUUCACAUGUGGUUUUUAUUACUGAACAAUUAGCAUCUUUAGGCUAAAAAAUAAUGGAAAGAAAGAAGUUCAGAAGUAAAAAAUGAAUCAGAUAUUUUACAAGUGUCCAUUUAAAAUACACACAUACACACACACAAGUCAGUAUAUUUGGAUUUAGGUGAAUAGGUUCUUAGUUUCCUGAUUUCCACAGGUGUCUGCCUAUGUGCAAAUGGAAUAUGUUAUUUACUACAUGGUUAUUGUGGUGUAAUGUGCAAAUUUUAGUGUGUGCAUAUCCUGAUUAUUGGACAGUAUCCUAUCCCUAUCAGGAAUAGAACUUGCACAUGUGACGUAAUUUUUUUUUUUUUAAUCACAAAGGAUGUAUUUCCGUAAGUAGCACUUUUGGAGCAGGGGGAGGAGGAAAACCGCUAUUCUCUAAUCCCCCUCCUAUAUGAUAUGCAUAUGCCUGAGGUGUACAAAGACGGUUAGUUAAUGGGCAUGUUAAUAAGAACGUUCUGAUGCAAAUUCAUUUUCAAAAUGAAAAAACUGUCCUCCCCCCAAGUGAAAAUAGCAGAAAUAUUGGUGAACCGAGCAUCAUAGUUAUAAUAUUUUCCUGCUAAGGUCCAAUUCGAUAAAGAAAACUUGAAAACAAACCUAUGAGGUUGAGCCUCAUUGCUAUAAAGACUUUGUGGUGGUGUGUGUUUCUGGGAUGAGCUCUAGAAGGUUUAGUUGACUUCUAGACCUUGGAUAGUCUUACUCGUUCAAAAUAAACAUACAAAAACAAACAUGCCGAUGCGUAUGGUGCUUCAUAAUUCAGUCAAGGGUAAGAAUAUGUGAUGCUGCAGCCCAGUUUUCUUUACUAACACUCGCACAAUUUCAAAAGAGGAAGUUGCUGUGGCCUCGGUUUCCUAGUUCCUCUUUGGUCUGGUGAAGUCCCAGGUUACAGAAGCUGAAGCCAAGGUUAGGGUUGCGUCGUCUCUCAAGGCCAAGAACCACGCUAGCUGCCUGGUGGGAAUGAGCCCGCUGAACACGCAGAGUCAAGAGUCACUGUCCAUUUGUGUUUCCAGAGAACAAUGUGAAGAGUCCUAGCAAAGGAACUCAUCAGACUGUCAGGGGCCUAUGUAGCCAAAAUGUCACUGAACAUAAAAAUCUUGUAGUCUUCAGUCCUCAUGCUUUGUCACUGUAAAGCAAACGAAAGCAUUUUUACCAUAAUUUAAAGGAGCUGCUUUUUUAUAGCACAUACUAUUUCGCUUUGUACUAUAUUUGAUAGUUGCAGAAUAAUUUAGAUGGUAGAAAAACUUUGUUGUAUUUGUACUGUUCAUGAAUGUUUCAAAAAAAAGUGCUUUACUUUGUUGCCAUAAAUUUCUUGUACUGCUGUAUUUUUCCCCUAGCUUUAUGGAAACCUAAUCUGAUUCAUAUUUUCAGUACAGUUUCUUUUUGUAAUGUGUGUUUGUGUGUAUUUUUUUUUUUUUUUUUUGGUCAGUAUUCUGAAUGUUUACAUCUGUUUGACGUUAGCCAUUUAAUGCCUUUUUUUUUUAAAGGCGGUAUUACUCUUACAGUGUAACAGGAAAAUGUGAAAUGGACCCAAACAUAACAUGCAUGACAAACACAGAUUGGGGGCGAAGACCCUCAACGUACAGACAUUUUAUAUCAGCAUACAGAAAAGUAAAACCCUCCUUCGGUCCUUUACCAAAGAAUAUAUUAUUCCCACAGGAAAAACUCAGAAAAGGUGUGUAAAAUCCUCAGAAGGGGGAGCAGUUGAUUCAGUAAGACUGCUACAAUUUAAAACUGUUAUGCUUGCUUUGAUACCUGACUAAAUGUGACUGAGUGCAACAAGCAUUUAAACAAUUUUUAGACAGUGUUUUGUUUAGAAUUCAGGGAUCAUACAUUCUUUAAUGGUGCUGUUUAUUUUUAUUUCUUCUUUUCUACAAAGACAAAAAAGUGUUGCCUACAAAAGUGACUGCUCACAAUACCAUAAGUUAAAUGAAAUGUUUGUCUUUUCAUGUUUCUCUGUUUUUCCCUUUCUCAAAGUAACGAUUUGGGUUUGAAUAUUAAACUAUUCUGGAGAAAAUAAAGAAAUUAAACAU